UAAAAUUUUGACGUUUAAUUGUUUUCAGAACCACGUUGCAAUAGGGCGGUCUGUUGCCAUGUUUCAAGAAAUGAUCGGAGAGAAUGUUGAUACCUACACUUUACAUCAAGCAUACCUACAUUUCGAGGUGCCCUGUAGAGCAGAAGAUGACAAAAUAGCCUCACCUGAGCUACACGAAGAGCUCCCACAGUUUUCGUCAGAAGACUUACAAGUGUCCAGGAUUAUUCCAUUUGCGGACGAGGAACUCAACAAUGAGGAGCAGGAUUCCAACAUGUUUAUUUGUGUAUCUGAUGUCAUUUCACAGGUUGAUGUGAUAGACCAGUAUGUGGAAGGCUUGUUGACAGACAGAGGCUCAAAGUGGUCCGAGAGCUCUGAGCUGGAGAUUUUCUUGACAAAUCCGAGAAGGGAAUUUCUAAAGGGCUUUGGUUUCGGUUAUGUCUUGGACUUGGCCCCCCGUCACAUCUGGAUUUGUACACAAGCUAGUCCAGCUACCAGGAACCGAGCGAAUUCAGAAGAUUUUAAAUGUGGAUGGGUACGAAGGGACAGUCAGGAGUAGGAGAUGUAAGGAAGCUUUGGUUCGGGAUGUAGUCGCACUGCUUGUAUCCAACAAACUGCACAUAUCUUUACCAGAAGCAAGACGAAGAUGCUGUCAAACUGAACAUUCAUCGUUACACACGGCACUUAAAAAAAGUGAACAAUUAAGAGCACACCGCUUAAUCAGCAGUACCGAGUCGUAAAUGGCAUGCUGUGUGUGUAAAUAAUAGAUGACUGAUGAGUUGACAAUGUGUAUUUUAUAUCAUUGUUAUCAUUGUAUCAUGGCUAUAUGCCUUGUACAUAUAGCCUACACCUAUAAUGUAUUUUCCAUUCCACCUCCAUACCAUUCAUUGCUUCACUUACACAUGUAUAGAAUCUUAGAAUGUACAAGAGAGUUAAUACACUAAUAAACUUGCCUAGGGUACUGCAGCAUAUGUAAUGAAAUACAACUUUUAUCCGUACAUCCCAGUAAAGCGUUCUUCAGUUUAUAAUAGUUUUUCUGUAAAGGUUUUUGCAAACCGGAUGAAUACAAUGCUGUAACCAUUUUUAGGGAAAGGAACUUGUUGAAUUAGAGUUUCUGUUGGCAAACUCUCCAUAUGCGGUGGGUUAUGGCACUGCGACAGGGCUCAUUAAAAUACAUAUAUUUAAACUAGAAUGUGGUUGUUGACUUUUUUAUUCAACUGUCCGGAAUUGGUGGUCACUGGAAUUCUCAUAUUGGAUGAUUCGA